AUGUCUCGCUGUCGAGCGAUUUCACUCCCUAGGGGUACAGGGGACGCGGUUGAUUCUGCUGAACUGUCCAGGAUCGAGAGGCAGAAUGAUGGUAGUAAUCGCGGUCAGAUGCAACUCAGCAGCCUUUAUGAACAAAAGAACGUUCCUCAUGGGACAGCGGGCUCGCAGCAAGCCACAAUAACCUCUCGCUGGCUUGAAGGCCCGGUACUUCGCCGGAUCGGGGCGCAGUUCGAAGACAAUCAGCUUGCUUCUAGCGCUGCACAUAUCACCGACAACUCCAAAGGCGGAACAGGCCGGCAUCAGCAUCACGAGUCCACCCUCCAUCGCGUAGACAUCUCACGUGGCACUCUCCAAGCCUCUCAAUUGUCGAAUCUGCACCCAAUGGAACGCUUCUUGUUGGAGGCUUCUUCAGAGCAGCCGACCAUCUUUGCCGAACCAAUCAUAGCCGGCUUUCAAACCCUCAAGAAUACUUUCGUCGCUCCUCCCCUUCGACCAAGUGAUCGCACGCGCAUGAACCGACGCACCAACUUCCUUAUGGAAGGCAUCGAGCUGCUGCCACGGGUGGAAGCUGUGCAAGGAAUGGACGGACCUUGGUCAUGA